AUGAGGAUCGAGUAUCAAGCUAAUUCAGUGCAACCGAAUCAUGAUUCAUCGAAUCCUGAUGGGAGCGUUCCACCAGAAAUAUUUGCUAUUGCGUUACACGAACCAUACGUUCGCAAAAAGAAACGUGUAUCACCAUUAGCCAAAAUUCGCCGACGACAUUCAAGUGAGAGUGAUGACAAAGAUAAUUGUAUGCCAUCGUCACCUCCCGCGAGUAACUGUUAUCUGACAAAAUGUCCAUGUGAAACACAUCUACAGAAACAGUUAGUGGAACAAACCUAUCAUCUAUCUGUGGAAAAAUUAUUUGAUUUAAUUUUUGGAAAUAAUGAAUUCGUUAGAACGUAUCGAGCAGCACAAAGAAUAUAUAAUGAUCACGCAACCGAGUGGACAUUAAAUUCAGUGACAAAUAAUCGUGAACGAGUAGUGACAUCAAAAAUACCGUUUGUUUCAGUGUUAGGAAAUAGUACAAUAUCCAGUACAGAAAAACAAAUAAUCCGUAAUGAGAGGAAACAUUCCUAUUAUAUUGUUGAUAAUGAAAUAUAUAAUGCCGGUGUCAAAUUUGGUGAUGCGUUCUAUGUUUUACUCCGUUAUUGUCUUGUACAAACAUCUGUUAGUAGCUCAAGUCUAAGAAUUACAGCAGAAGUACGAUAUUUGAAAAGUGUUCUUGGAUUUAUGAAAUCUGUUAUCGAAAAGCAUGCUAUAGCAGCUGUACAAGUUUCGCUUCAAGAUUUAGAUAGUAGAAUUAGUUUGGUAAAUGAAUUGGUAACAGCCCCACCGCAAGGAAGACGACUAAGCCGCUUUGAAUUGGUACCACCAACGAUCAAAGAAAUGUCAUUUAUUUUAGACGAUAUUGAGAAAAUUCCAUGGAGUUCACAAUUACAGGCAAUAUUUCGAAAGGACAAUACUAUGUAUUUAUGCAUUAUCACCUUUAUUCAUCUGUCAAAUACACCAACUGAAUAG